AUGACUUUUCGAGUUACGGCGACAGUGCUUGGCAAGAGAGGAGUGACCGAGCUUUAUGCUUCUCCUUCACUACGCUUUCACCAUGUCGUCAAACAGCUGUCACAACCUCCCCAAGGGCCGCCAAGAAUCCGUCACCUGAGCACUUCACAAUGUCACUGUCAGGAAAAAAGUGAUGCCUCUUCGCAGCGCCUCGACGAAGCAACCUCCAAGGCUGCCAAGAGCACGGCAAGCACAAAAGUUGACGUAGCGAGCAAGGACCAGUUGGCUGACUGGGAUACCAACCCUGAUCUGUCCAUCUCAGAGUUCUCAGAGUUACCCAGCAGGAACUUUGGGGUCAACCAGCACAUCAUAAUCAACGAAGAGUUCAAGGAGGCCCUGCGGCAGAUCUUAUGGCAGUUCCGAGCACCCAUCCGCUAUGCCUUCGCAUAUGGCUCUGGCGUCUUCCCACAAAGCGCUGCCGGAAAGACACGCGCCUCGUUACACACUCAUCCUCCUGAGGCAAUAACCAAAGUGCAGGGUAGUAACCAGAAGAUGAUUGACUUCAUCUUCGGUGUUUCCUACACUCAGCAUUGGCAUUCCCUCAACCUGCAAGAGCACCGCGACCACUACUCCGGCUUAGGGUAUCUGGGUUCCUAUGCUGUUUCCAAGGUUCAGGACUCCUUUGGAGCUGGUGUCUACUUCAAUCCCUUUAUUACUGUCAAUGGUACUCUAAUCAAGUAUGGAGUCGUGAAUAUAGACACCUUAUGUCGCGAUCUCUCCGAAUGGGAUACCCUCUACUUAGCUGGUCGCCUUCAGAAGCCUGUCAAGAUCCUCCGAGACAACCCGUCCGUUCGCCUCGCCAAUCAAGUUAACCUCAUCUCUGCGGUUCGUGCGGCCCUCCUAUUACUUCCCGAGUCCUUCACCGAGCAAGAGUUGUAUUCUACAAUAGCCGGCAUAUCGUACAGAGGAGACCCACGCAUGUCUGUUGGUGAGGACCCUAAAAAGGUCUCAAACAUUGUCAAGUAUCAGCUUGAGAACUUUAGGAGACUGUACUCUCCACUCAUUGACAAUCUACCAAAUAUCAGCUUCACCGACAGCGUGUGCAAGGGCGAGGAUUGGCUCGACAAUCCGAACAUCAACGCUAAACUGCAGCAGAAUAUGGAUCCUGUCACACGAGGGCAUAUGGUUCGUCGCCUGCCUAGCAGAUUUAGGGAGAAACUCUAUUUCGAGUAUCAAUCCAAGUUCAAAAUUCCACGACGAGACUUCAAUGAGAUGAUGCAGCAGGUCAAAGACGAAGAUCCGGAGCGAAUACGGCGAAGGGAAGGUGGACCUUUUGAGAGGCGCAUUGCAGAAGAUGUGAAGGAUGGAGGACUGCAGAAAGAGGUCGAGCAAGUCAUUAGUAAAACUGUCCGGUGGCCCAGUUUUACCCAGAGCGUAAAAGGUAUCUUCACGUCAGGACUCGCUAGAAGCUGGCGGUAUGCUGCAGAGAAAAGAGCGAAAGCAAACGCUGGCUCAGCCGAACAGAAGGAGAGAUCUGACCUUGAAAAGGCCAAAGAGGACAAAAAAUCAAAUGUAGCGGCAAAAGCAGAGAAAGAGCACUAA